AUGGACUCGAAGCUGCCGUUCCGCCCCAAGCCGGCUCCGAGCGGGGGAGCCACCAAUUCCCCAAUGAUCUCUGACGACCCCGAGGCAUAUACCCUGCCCAAGCCGGACUACGGCGACAUACAGCUCAGCCUGAAGAACAUCCGCGUAGACAAGUCCGUCUAUAUCCCGCUGUACGGGCUCUUCACCGGCGACAUCUGGCACGUGGCCGCGGCGCAGAUCCUGAGCGAGUACGAAAAGGAUGGUUCGGACAUGCCAUAUGGAAGGUUCCAGAUCAUCACCUGCAUCUCGGUCAACAACUACGACCGGAGGUUGGCAGCGGACGAAGAGGUGGCCAAGGACAGCGAGCGCCCGGCCACCGCACUGCAGCCCGCCAAACAGCCGAUUUCGAAGAGCGGGCUGAAACGCAAGGAAAAGGCACGGCUGGCCAGGGAGGAGAAGGCCCGGAAGAACGCGGAAGAAGCGGAACGGAAGGAGGAGGAGAAGGAGGCAAAGAAGAAGAAGCCGAGAAGGAAAUCUGCGCCGAAGAAGAAGGAGAAGAAGAAGAAGCAGGAGAACGAGGAGGAGGAGGAAGAGCAGGGAGUGGAAGCGGAUGACGACAGCAGUGGGAACGAACGGCGGCCAAGGGCCAAGAAGCCUCCUCCCGCAAAGGAGACCAAGAAGCGAGCCAGAGAGAAAGAAGAAAAGGCGCCAGCAGGCAAGAAGCCGAAGCCGCAGGAUACGGACGAGGACGACGACGCCUCUCCUCCGCAGUGGAGGGUGGAGAAUGCCGUGGUCAAGCGCGCGCGCGGCUCGUGGAAGUACCUGACGACCAUCGGCCUCACGACGGCCGUGGUCCUGGUCCGCGACGGCACGGGCCCGCUAUUCUGGCCGUAUGUCCACGACUACCUCACCUGGGACGAGGUGCACGCGGCCUACCGGCGCCAGAGCAGAGGCAUGGUCCCUCGGACCUUCGACGACAUGGUCGUGGGCGAGAUCGAGGCCAUGGGGGGCAACCCGCCGGCCCUGGACUACAGCGUCAAGCACGGGCCGACGCGGGAGCCGCAGCUCGUCGACCUUCUCUGCUCCACCAGCGCGGCCAUGCAGCUGAUGCAGUACCUGGGCGUCCGGCAGUCGCAGAUGAUCCUGGGGUACCGGCUCAGCGGCGGGCCGCAGCGGACGCGCUGGGUCGAGGAGGUGGCGACGCAGAAGCUGCAGCAGCUGGUCGAGAAGAUCGACCAGGUGUACAGGGCGGUCGACGGCCUGGAGGGCGUCCUGCUGUUCAACUACCGCCUCGGCGACGUCAACAAGCAGCACGACAGCAACGUCGACAUCCUGGCGCAGGUGCGGCGGCUGGCGGCCGAGCAGAAGCUGGCCACCAUCAUCGUGCCGCAGAUGGACAGCGAGGGGUACGGGGAGCUGGUAACCAAGCUGGAGGCGGACGAGGAAGAGAACGAGAACAACGAGAACGCGUACCUGCGCAAGUACUUCCACUUCGACUUCCUCGGACUCACGGUGCCGGAUGCGCCCUGGAUGGACAACCGCGUCAAGGCCUACUUCUGGCACCUCGUGGCCGUCUUCCUGCAGCGCGGCUCGCCGCUGCAGGUGGACGAGGAUCCGCCCAGCUUCGUGACGCCCGAGCACCGAUGCGUGCACGGCUUCAUCGGCGGGCGCAGCGGCUCGACCGACCUGCCGGCCUUCGUCGGCCUGCGGUGCUUCUCGUGGGAGGAGCCGCUGCUGACCGCGAUCGACACCAAGCUCCCCCAGAGGAGUGGCAACUGGAACAGGAAGCUGUACUCGUUCCAGGGCCCGCAGAUGCUGCGCCUGUUUAAUGAGCGUUCCAUCAUGGUGACGGGCUUCCUCGACCCCGACGGCAUGAUAUACACAAAGAAGAAGACGGGGAGCGAUCGCAUCUUCAAGCGCAUCCGGGAGAGGGAUAAUAUCCUCCAGACGUGGCUGAAGGAGCCGCCGCACGACGCCGACGCCAACGCCAUCGUACCAGUGCUGCCGCGCGGCGUAAGGGCAACUUUUGCGGACUGGUUCUUCCGGGAAUACAAGCCUAAGAUCGAAAAGAAACAAGCCAUCAUGAUCCGAGCAGUCAAUCUCGCCGUCUACGAGCGGCAGAUCCGCGGUUUGCGUCGAGAUCAGGCCAAAGAAGAUGCGGACGACGAGCAAGAGGAGGAAGGUGAGGAAGGCUAG